AUCCCUCAUGAGCAGAAUUGACGAUGAAUUCCGAAGAAAACGUUUCUUGCCCACUCACUAGGGGUGCGCAUUUGCUCUUAAGAAGGUUGCUAUUUGAGUGGAGGAGGUUGCUGAUUUAUGCCUAUUUUCCACCCUUAGGAUUUCGCUUUGAGUUUGCAGGUGGGAUAUACUUGUAGAUUCACAUUGGAGGAGGAGGACCAACAAAUGCUGCCUGUUGGUUAAUUAGAAAAAGUCAAUAAGGUUCUAGAUGCUUAUGAUCAGCGUUUAGGACAUAUGAAAAAUAAAUAAUUAAAUAAAAAAGAGUUAGAAAACAACUAGAAAGACUGAAAGAAAUCUCUUAAUGCUUCUGCAUGGCUGCUGCAUGUGUCGACCAAGGCGAAUGUAUCUUGGAAGUUUUCGUCGGACGACGCUACCCCCUGAGUGCACUAUCCGCUACACAGAGAGCAAAACUCUCGUGCGGUGAAGCCACAGAAGCUGCAUAUGUUGACAAUCACCUUUAAACAAUAGGGACGCGUAAAAUAACCAGAGUGUCGCUAACCAAGAAACUUCCCUAGCCGUCUCGUUGGGGACGCUGCAUUAUGCGAAGCAAGUUUCCCUGUUUCCUGCAGAUCCAUCCUCAUCUUGACAACUCCUACACUUCUCUAACACAACGAUGGCCACCAUGAUUGGAGGAGCAGACAAUGAGUCAGACUAACCUCCGACUGAAACCACCCAAAGCAUCGAACACACCAUGAAGAAAGUCAUGGAAUCUUGGUUUAGGGCUAGCCUGCGAAGCUAGAGUCGCCCAAGAUCCAGAAGGCACGCCAGACGCCCCGCAGUUUCGCAAAUCUUGCGUGGGUCCGGCCUGACACAUCACCCCCACCUGAAUCACAAGCGCAUUCUACAUGCGCUGAUGUCAACGUACAGUUCAUCCCCCCUACUCCCCUACUUUGCGUUCAAAAACAAUCCAAUCGUUGCCAUAAACCCCCAAUAGCAUCCAAUGACAAGAGCUUCGAGCGCGGCGCCUCAGGCAGAGUCAGGGUUCCUGGGAUUGGAGCUCUUGUCUUCGGAAUGAAAUCUAAGCUCAUCAUUUGGAAAUUCGCUUCGUAGAUGAGGAAAACGCUCUAUACUCGCGUUUAAUCCAAUAUGGAAUUUCAGCAACUAGCACAUUAGCAAGGCGAAACUGGGUGUUUGAAGCGGACUUUCAACAACUGGAAAUGGAUAGCCGAGUAUUGGAGAUCGGGUAGAAGGGUGCAGCUUUGGAUUAUAGAACUGUCAGUUGCAUUUUUACUAGUUUGAUAGAAAUUCUGGGAAGGGGAGCUGCCUAUGACACUGCCAAGGCUCUAGGUUAGUGAGGGUAUCCAGCAACCUAGGUUGCCCAGCAUGGGGACAUGCAUGUCGACCGAUGCAAUGGGGACUAAUGGGGUGGAGAAGCAGCCGUCGGGUAGGAAGCACCGCAAAAGAGAGAUGCAGAAGCAGGUUGUGGAAGCCUUGACAGCUGAGGGUAAGCGAGACUUAGUUCUAUCUAUGACCCCCGGGCGGAUGGUUCGCAUUGGCGCCACCGAAGCAGCUUGUGUAUUCACACAGCAGGGUCGAAAGGGAACCAAUCAAGAUGCCAUGCUGGUUUGGGAGAAGUUUGCAUCGAUGGAGGACACUGUUUUUUGUGGAGUGUUCGAUGGCCACGGUCCUUUUGGUCACUUGGUAGCGAAACGAGUGCGAGAUUCUCUACCGUCGAAGCUUGUGGCUUUCUGGCACGACCAAUUGGCAUUCAUGAAGGCGUCCAAGGGCAUUGAAGAUGAUCAGCCGGGCAUUGGAGAUAGCAAGCGCACUGAUUACGGCUCGAAUGUGAGCACUACAUAUGAGAGUGCGAUGUCCGAUGCGGAGGAGUUUUCUUCAAGGGAACUUUCAAAAGAGUUGUCUGUGACGGAGCCGCAACCGAUCGUCAUAGAGCCUCCUGCUAUGUUUGGGCCUUGGAAGGAGUCGCAUCUGUUGGCCUUCAAGGAAAUGGAUCAAGAAUUGCGGAUGCAUCCUGUUAUCGACUGCUUUUGCAGCGGGACCACUACUGUUACGGUUCUCAAGCAGGGAAAAUAUCUUGUAAUUGGCAAUGUAGGUGAUUCGCGAGCAAUUAUGGGAACUCGAGAUGAAAAUGGUUGCUGGAAAUCUGUUCAGUUAACCGUUGAUUUGAAGCCCAACCUACCUCAUGAAGCUGAGAGAAUCAAAGAAUGCAAGGGUCGUGUAUUUGCUCUCCAAGACGAGCCUGAUGUCAUGAGGGUAUGGCUGCCGUUUGACAACUCCCCUGGGCUAGCCAUGGCCAGAGCUUUCGGCGACUUCUGCCUCAAGGAUUAUGGUGUAAUAGCGGUCCCUGAUGUUACCUAUCGCGAAGUAACUGAUCGAGACAAGUUUCUCAUUCUGGCUACUGAUGGGAUUUGGGAUGUGUUAAGUAACGAGGAAGCUGUACAAGUCGUAGCGACUGCAACCUCUCGUGCAACAGCAGCCCGUUCCCUGGUGGAGUCUGCUGUCCGGGUUUGGCGCCUCAAGUACCCCACAUCCAAAGUGGACGAUUGCGCUGUUGUGGUCCUAUACUUGGACGUUAAUUCUGACAUUUCCACGGAGUCCUCCGAGGUCGACAAUGUAGGGGUUUUACUAUCAAGUCCCCAAACCAGUCUUCAAAGCAGACAGGACGCUGGAACUCGUGAUGAGGAGAAUCGGAGGACAGAUUCUAGCAUUCUGAAAGCUCCAAAGGAUGAUGUUCAAGAGAUUGGAGAGAUAGUGGACGUUAAAGAGACCAACGAACCUGGUCUCAAUGAAUCAAAACGUCACAGGAGCUUGGCUGACUGGCUGGACGCAGAUGAAUCAGAAGAAUGGAGUGCGUUGGAAGGGGUUACACGCGUCAACUCUAUUUUGAACCUCCCAAGGUUUGCUGAUGGCACCGAUCGUUCUGUAGGAACAUCAAAGAAGAACCUGUAAUGGAUCUAUUCCUCAUACUGGGUUCAAUCAAUUUUUUUUACUCCCGAGGUCGAAGCAUAUUUGCCAUGACCCAAGUUCUGCUAAACCUGGCCUUGACACCUGAUUCCCUAUUGAUCUGUUCAGCCGGAGGGUCAACUGACAGCACAGUGGGCAACCUAGGAGGGCUGAGGUGUAAUGCUCCCAAGUCCUCGUCACAUUCCUUGAUGGCCUCCAAUAUUCUAUCACCCAUCACCAAGUAAUGGCUUGCUGUGUACAUUAAUCUUAGGGACUGUCCGUGCAGCUUGAAUUGAUUAUGACAUCUACCAACUUACCAGCAGAGAAUGUGUUAUACUCUGGUGUAGUUGUUUCUUUUAGCGGUAGUCAACCAGUGGCCAUCGGGGUGAUACUGUUGGAAAUAGAUUAUUUGCAUUUCAUAGCGGUGUGCAAGAUCGAUUUCCAGGUAUAUAGGAACUACUGAACGUCCUCUAGAAAUUGCAGUUCCAGGUCAUUUUAGGAUUGAGCUUUUCAUUAGGUUCUAGAGCUGUGGAAGUAGCAGAUUUACGAUAGCCUGUAGAUUCUCCCCUUUACUGAGUUCUUUUGAUUGAAAGUUUAUGUGGUCCUCCAAAUUUACACAUUUAUUAAAGAAGAGUUAGUGUACACCUAGAGCUCGCCUGCUACACAGAUCCAAUUGAUUAGAUAAGUUCUUACCGUGUGAUAUGUGCUGGUUGCUGUAUGCUCAUCAGGUUGUAGAGGAAAAUGAAGCCAGAGAAACUUCUCCUCUUUUCAUUUAGAUUUUAGGCCUGGAGGCUCUCAUUUUUCUUUGUAUUCUCUCAAUAUAAGUAAACUUCGACGAACACUGAUCGUCGGUGUUCACUCUA